AAAAAGUUUCAACAUCGUUUCUGUUAAAGCCUAAGUGCAAGAGAUAUUUUUCCGACCUGAAUGCUUUGAUCAUUAUCACUUGUUGAAUCGUUCUUGAGGUAAUAUCUUGUAAUCAAGAUCCUUGAGACAGACUUUUAGAGUUCGCAUGGAAUCAUCUCUCAAAGGUUCACAAGCUUCGCUCUAAUGGUGGUCUCUCUCGUGUACAUUUCGUAGCAAGAGUGCACGCCAUAGCAGUAAAAGACCUUUAACACUUGGAAGAAUAAAAGACACAUAACUUGUCCGUUAUAAUAUGGGUCAAACGUUGCGUAAUUGAUUGGGUAUAAGGUUAGACUUCUUCGUGCAAUGACUUUGCGUAUUAUUAUUUAAUAAGGUUUAAGUUGAUCCUAAAUAAACUAAUGCACUGUCUUGGAAAACAAGUGCGGUUCAGUAAAUUGUUAAAUAGAUGAUUGAGAAUAGUCUCACGAUUUCUCUAAAGAAUAGCUUACUUGGUCUUAUUGACAUGGUUGCUUCUUGAACUAAUCUGAAGGAGAUCGUUCUUGGAGACGCAAGAACGCACAUGGAGAUGACGUGGCUUGCUUUCUUUCUCUUGUUCACCAUGAUAUUAAGUUUUAGUCAUGGAGAAAUAACUACAGAGAGUCCUUUGUCAAUAGUAAAAACUCUCAGUUCCUCUAAUGGAGUUUAUGAACUAGGGUUCUUUAGUCCCAACAACUCCCAGAAUCAGUAUGUCGGAAUCUGGUUCAAAGGUAUCACUCCUCGGGUGGUUGUGUGGGUGGCCAAUAGAGAAAAGCCUGUUACAGACUCCAAGGCAAAUCUAAGUAUCAGCAGCAAUGGAACUCUUCUCUUAUUGGAUAGAAACCAUGGCGCUGUCUGGUCUAGUGGAGGAACUUUCGCAUCUAAUAGUUCUCGUGCAGAGCUUUCAGACAGUGGAAAUCUUAUUGUCAUAGAUAAUGUUUCCGGACGAACACUAUGGGAAAGCUUUGCGCAUCUUAGUGAUACUAUGCUCCCUUUCUCACCCUUGACGUGUGAUCUCACGACCGGUGAGAAGCGGGUGUUGACUUCUUGGAAAAGUUACACUGAUCCAUCGCCUGGUGAUUUUGUGACUCAGAUUACACCGCAAGUGCCAUCACAGGUGCUUACCACGAGAGGCUCAAAGCCUUAUUAUAGAAGCGGUCCAUGGGCUAAAACAAGGUUCACCGGGAUACCGCUAAUGAAUGAAACGUUAGCAAGUGAAUUCAGCUAUCCGCAGGAUGCAAACGGGUCAGUGUCUUUCUCUUUUGUAGGAAGAGACUCCAAACUUUCGCGUCUAGUUUUGACACCAGAGGGCCAUCUUAAAAGGUUUCAACAUCGUGGGACCGAGUGGGAUUUAACCUACGAGGGUCCAGCCAAUUCAUGCGAUGUUUACGGUUUAUGUGGACCUUUUGGGUUGUGCGUUAGGUCAGUACCUCCAAAGUGUAAAUGCUUCAAAGGGUUUGUUCCAAAAUAUAAAGAGGAGUGGGAAAGAGGAAACUGGACUGAAGGUUGUGUAAGGCGAACCGAACUACUUUGUUAUGGAAACUCUACUGGCAAAUCUCAAAAUGUCUUCCAUCAUGUUGCCAACAUAAAGCCUCCAGACUUUUACAAAUUUGCAAAUUUGGAUGCUGAAGAAUGCUACCAAAGUUGCCUCCAAAACUGUUCUUGCUUGGCCUUUGCUUUUAUUCGGGAAAUUGGGUGCUUAAUGUGGAAUCAUGAGUUAAUGGACACAGUGCAGUUUUCUUCAGGAGGAGAGCUUCUUUCCAUUCGUCUUGCACGUUCUGAGUUGGAUGGAAAUAAGCGCAAGAAGACCAUUACUGCUAGUCUUGUCAGCCUUUUUCUUUUUGUGAUAUUGGGUUCUUCUGUGUUUUGUGUUUGGAGAUACAGAGUGAAACAUAAUGAAAUAAUAUCAAACAAUGCGUCACAAGAUGCAUGGAGCAAUGAUCUGACACCACAAGAUUUCUCAAGUUUAUGUUUCUUUGAAAUGAAUACUAUUCAAACUGCCACCAAUAAUUUUAGUCUCUCAAAUAAACUUGGGCAUGGCGGAUUUGGUUCAGUUUAUAAGGGGAAGCUUCAAGAUGGCAAAGAAAUUGCUGUAAAACGGCUUUCUAGCAGCUGUAGACAGGGAAAAGAGGAAUUCAUGAAUGAGAUAGUACUCAUCUCAAAACUACAACACAGAAACUUAGUACGAAUUUUGGGAUGUUGCAUUGAAGGAGAAGAGAGACUGUUGAUUUAUGAGUUCAUGGUGAACAAAAGUCUUGAUACUUUUCUCUUUGAUUCAAGUAAAAAGCAUAAGAUUGAUUGGCAAAAGAGAUUUGAUAUCAUUCAAGGUAUUGCGCGUGGACUUCUCUAUCUCCACCAUGACUCACGCCUCAGGGUCAUUCACCGAGAUCUCAAGGUCAGCAAUAUUCUUCUGGAUGAGAACAUGAACCCGAAAAUAUCAGAUUUUGGUUUGGCUCGGAUGUUUGAGGGAACCCAAUGUGAGGAAAAUACUCGCAGGGUUGUUGGAACUCUAGGAUAUAUGUCUCCUGAGUAUGCAUGGACAGGGAUAUUCUCUGAGAAAUCAGACAUUUAUGCUUUUGGAGUUCUUUUGUUAGAAAUCAUCAGUGGAGAAAAGAUCUCAAGAUUCAACUAUGCAAAAGAAGGAAAAGACCUACUUGAAUAUGUAUGGGGGUCUUGGUGUGAAAAUGGAGGAAUUUUUCUCUUGGACAAAGAUGUUGAUGAUUCAUCCCACCCACUAGAAGUAGCUAGAUGUGCUCAGAUUGGUCUGCUCUGUGUUCAACACCAACCAGUGGACAGACCCAACACACUUGAGUUGAUGUCUAUGCUCACCACAAAAUCAGACCUUCCAUCACCAGAGAAACCUAUAUUUGUAGUGCAUAAGAGAGAUUAUGAAUCCUUGUCUAAUCCUUUGAUUACCUUCAAUGAGAUGACACAGUCUGUGAUCAUCGGGCGUUAAGAAACAAUGUGUAAUGGAAGUUGUAAAACUAGAGUGUUAUAGAUUGUUCUCCUUGACAUUUACUCAUUCUUAGUUUCACUAAUUAAUACAUUUAAAAUAAAAAGUUUUCUUGUAAUGGUCUUGACCUACUAUCUUGUAAUCAAGAUCCUUGACAUAGAGGCUUUUCAUGAAUAUGAUUAUCCAGUAUAUAUAAAUGUGUUAUGAUUAGUUGUUGUAUCACUGCUAUGAAUGGGUUUAUAUUUUUAAUUGAAAUUAAGGGUGCAACUGGAUUACAAUAUUUUGGAAUGGAAUAAUAUGGAAUGGUGGAUUCCAUUAAUUCCAAAAACAAUUUUACCAUUUGAUAUGAAUAGAAUGGAAUGGUCAUUCCACCAAUUCCAAAAAUAUUUUAAUAAAAUACAAAGAAAAGUAUUCCAUAACAAAAUUCUUCAUGAAUGAAUGAAAUGUAUUUCAUUCCAUUUUUUUGCUAUAUUUCAUUCCUAUCAUUCUAUUUAUUUUUGUUCCAUUAAUUCCAAAUCAAUUUACCAGUUACAGCUAAGAAUUUGCAAACAAAAAUUUAUUAUGGUUAUGUUAUUGAAAA